ACGUAUCUGUUUUCGCUCUUCGGCCAAAAAUCGUCGGAAAAUAACAGAAGAAAGAAGAAAGGGGAAAAUCAUGAAAUUAAAUAAUCAAUUAUUACUUCGUUGAUCACAUUUAAGCAACUUCAAGUGAAAGCUUCGUUUGAUGAAUGUAUCGAUCGAAUACAAGUAUAAGCAAAAGUAAGAUUGAAACUUCGAAGCUUAGAAAGUCGGAGUGAGAGUGAUCAGAGCGGAAAGGGGAAAAUGCCUUGGAGUAGACUUUCAGGGUCAAUAUCAUCACCAAAGGUGGACGUAGCAAUCGACAUGGGCAAUCCAUUCUUGAAUCUCACCCUCGAUGGUUUCUUGAAGAUCGGAACUGUCGCCGCGACCAGGUCGGCUGCUGAGGAUACCUAUCACAUUCUUAGAAAGGGAAAUGUUUCCCGUCACAAUUUUGAGGACAUGCUGAAGAAGAUGUGUAAAGAAGGUGCAUAUUGGGGAGCAGUAGCUGGUUUAUAUGUUGGAACCGAGUAUGGGGUAGAGAGGAUCCGUGGCACCAGGGACUGGAAGAAUGCAAUGAUUGGGGGUGCAAUGACCGGGGCGGUAGUAUCAGCAGCGGGCAACAAUAAGAAAGACAGGAUUGUGAUUGCCAUUACAGGGGCAGCCAUUGCUACAGCUGCAGAAUUCAUAAAUUACCUUACCUGAUUGAUUUUUGUUUUAUAUUCUACCUGCUUCUGCUUAAGCCAAACACUAAGGCUUCCAAAUAAUUGUCAGCUAUGCUUCUUCCUCUCCUGUUUUUACUUGGAAACAGCACAUGUCAUGAUUAUUCGCAUCUUGCUCUUGUAUAAAUGCUAUGUCUCUAGUGGGCAUCGAACACCAUGAUGUAUUUGUUUUUGCGUUCAAAAAGUAAUUUUGUGACGAGUCA